GAAAACUACAAUAAUGAUCUGUGAAAUACAUAAGAUCUCAUAUGUAAGCUACUGCUAAAAAUAAUUAGCAUUUUGAUCAUUGUCACUGAUAUGUCUCAUUAUGGCAUUAAAAAGAUGUUCUCAUAAUGAAAGUGAUGUGCACUGUCUGUCCGAAUUGAGGAUCGUCCUUCUCGGAGGCCGAAAUUCUGGAAAGAGCCUUGUGGGAAACACAAUCUUAAACCAAGAAGCGUUCAUCCUCCAGGAGCGAACCACAUGUCUGAAAAGAGAAGUUGAGGUUCAAGGAAGAAAUGUCAUUGUGGUGGACACCCCAGGCUGGUGGUGUGACUUCACAGCAAAAGAGACACCUGAGCUGGUCAGGACAGAAAUCAGACGCAGCGUCUACCUGAGUCUCCCGGGUCCUCACAUCUUCCUCCUAGUGGCUAAAACAGACUCCCUGUUCAUUGAAAAGCGCAGGAGAGCCAUAGAGGAGCAUUUAGAGCUCCUUGGAGAGAAGGUGUGGGGUCACACUCUGGUUGUGUUCACGAAGGGCAAAAACUCUGGAGAUAAAUCAUUUGAGGAUCAUGUUAAGGCAUCUGGUAAACCGCUUCAAUGGCUCCUGGAGAAGUGCAGUGGAAGGUUUCAGUUUUUUGAUAUCCACAAAACACGCAAUGAUACCCAGGUAAUGGAACUAAUGGGGAAAAUCACUCAAAUAGUGGAAAGAAAUGAAAGAUGUCAUUUUGAAAUGGACAUAAGGACUUUACAAGAGAUGGAGCAAAGAAAAAGAGAAGUGGAGCUCAAGGCUCACCAAAGAUUGAUCAGGAUACAGAAUCAAAGAGCCAACGUAAAAGCACGCUCUUAUUAUCCCAAAAACAUUCGACUUGUCUUGCUCGGAGCAAAGGGGUCAGGGAAGAGCUCGACAGGAAACAGCAUUCUAGCAGCAGGAAGUGACCAGAGGUUUACACACAAAAAGCGAACCACGCAAUGUAUGAUAAAAACAUGCACAAUUGCAGAAAGACAGCUGACACUGGUGGACACACCUGGUUGGUGGAUGAACUACUUGACCCAGGACUCUACAGCUUUUGACAAACAAGAAAUAGUCAACAGCAUGUACCUCUGUCCACCCGGUCCCCAUGCUUUUAUUUUGGUGGUGCGGGUCGACAGGUCAUUCACAGAAAUCUACAGAAGGGCCACUGAAGAGCACUUGGAGCUUAUAAGUAAGGAGAUCUGGAGACAUGUUAUGCUGCUUUUUACCUAUGGUGACUGGCUCGGUGACACAACCAUUGAGCAGCACAUAGAGAGCGAAGGAAAGGCGCUCCAGUGGCUUGUGGAGAGAUGUGGAAAUCGCUAUCAUGUUCUGAACAACAAAAGUCCUGGUAAUAAGUUUCAGAUGGCAGAGCUGCUGGAGAAGAUAGAGGACAUGAUGGCGGGGACUGGUGUGAGCCAUUUUAAAAUAGACGAGAGUAUUUUUAAAGAGCUUGAAAGGAGAAAGCAAGAAGAGGCAAACAGGGUAAAACUGCGGCGUGAGAAUGUGCAGAGAAAAAGACAAAGCUUGAACGCUUUCAAGGGACAUAUACCACUACCCAAAGUCAUUCGAGUCAUUCUCCUGGGUGGGAAACAUUCUGGCAAGACCUCUGCUUCCAGAUGCAUUUUGGGUAAUGAGGUAAAAGAGACUGACAGCCAAAAUCUCAUUAGGGGUUCUGCUAUAAUCUAUAAGAAAAAAGUCGAAGUUGUGGACACACCAGGCUGGACGACCGAAUGUCCAGAUUCAGAGUUUAACAAGGAACUUCUCAAUAACACUGCGACCUGUGUCCUACUGCUGGUGGUCAACGCCAGCUUCUCAUUUACAUUCAGGAACCUGAGAGCAGCUGAAGGCCAUUUGCAAGCUCUGGGUGACAAAGCAUGGAGCAGCACCAUUGUGUUGUUUACAUAUGGAGACUGGCUUGGCGACGUAAGCGUGGAGCAGUACAUUGAAAGUGAGGGAGAUGCGCUCCAAACGCUGGUGGAGAAAUGUGGAAACAGAUAUCAUGUUUUUAACAACAAAAUGAAAGAUGGCUGCACUCAGGUCGCACAGCUGAUGCAGAAGAUAGAUGAGAUGAUGUUAGAGAAGAUGCUUAACAGUGCUGUCAACAAAGAGAGAAUUGAACGACCUUUGGUGGAUGGUGAAUUACAGUUUGAUAGAAAGGUACAGAUGGGAGAAACACUGAUAACUCCUAGCUGCUCUUCUACAAAGAAUAACCCAAAUCUUGGAGAGACUGGGUUCUCCAGACCUUUGCUGCCUAAAACUUUGGUUGAUCUAACAAUGAGAUCCAGGCUUUUACAAAGUAAAAAUCAAGCGUUGGGUUGUAGAAGUAUCCAAUUACAUAAUGGGAAUUUAUCACAAAGUACCACUGGUCAAAGACUGAUAGUGGUGCUCAACACCUCUGAAUGGCUUCACCAAAAUGAUCCAUUUAUUGGUGUGAAUAGAAUCGAAAGACCUGAUCUACCUUCUCUAUCUGUGCUCAAUGUUACACCAGAUGACCAACCAAGACAUGAAUUACGAACGCUAAGAACCGAAUCACAGGAGGGAAGGCUUCAGUGGAGAUGUACGCAUUACACAGCUCGAACUGCAAAAGAAAGAGCCUUUGUGGAUUUUGUCCAAACAGGAAGUCUCCAGAACUUAAUUGACCAAUGGGGUGAUAGUAACAUUAAAGAGCUAGAGGAAUUCAUAGACUCUUAUUUUGAAAUGGUGUGGCAGGAAACUGUAAAAGAGGUUAAGGUAGAGGAAUGCAGUAACACAAGCCCAAUCAAUUGUGAAGUGUCAGGCAUCACAGAGACGGGUUUAAAAUAUCUGGCCUCGAUUGACAGGAAACUAUCAAACCUCGACAUCCUGGAAGACGUUCAAAAAGACUUGAAGGAGCUGAAGCAAAACCUUAAAGACUUUAAUCAGAUAUUACAGGAACUGAGAGACAGGAGUAAAGAAGCCGGUCUAUACAAUCAAACGUCUGAGGCAAAAGAGUCAGAUGCACAAUGACCAGAACUUUCAAAUAUAGAUAAAUAAUAAUCAAUAUAUCAUUACUUCUGUCAUGACUAUUACUAUUCUCUGUACAUGUCUAGAAUAUAAAGAAAGAAAGGCAAGGUGUGAAACGUCAGGGUUGACUGCAGAAUACCUGGGCAUACUGUGUGCAUAUCAAUCCACAUGUUGAGAGUCUUUAGGGAUCCUAUUUUGUUCUGUAAAAAACGCAUAAAACAUACCAAUGAAUAAAUGACACAUGUUGUGUUUAAAUAAUGAAGUAAACUGACAUCA